AUGAUCUUCUACUACUCCGGCGAGUCGAACAUGAUCCAGAACCAAAGAUUCUACCGGUCGACGGUAGCCGCGAUGGAAGCGCACAAGGAGGCCAAAGAUAGCGGCAGCAAGGCGGUUCCCCCGCCGAAUACCGGCGGGAACCACGCAAAGCCUGAAGCCGCGGACGACAGAAUGGAGCCGGCGAUCCCCAAGAGCAACAGCAACAGCGGCGACAACAACGACGUGGAGGAGAUCCCGAUUGCGGGGCGAACGAAGAUGACGGUGCCCAAGAACCGUAACGACGUGGACAAAGACAAGGAUGAGCCAAAGGAGAAGCCGCAGUCGACGGAGGAUCAUAAGGAGGCCAAGGCGGAGUUGAACAGUAUCUUGAAGCGCGCGCCGAUCAUUAUCUUUUCCAAGUCGUACUGUCCGUUCAGUAAACGGGCCAAGGCGAUCCUCUUGGAUCAGUACUCGAUUGUCCCGGCGCCGUAUGUGGUGGAGUUGGAUCACCACGCACUGGGCAAGCAGCUGCAGAGUCUCCUGGGCGACAAUACCGGCCGUCGGACGGUACCGAAUGUGCUCGUUAAUGGACGCAGCAUCGGUGGCGGGGAUGAUGUGACGGCGCUGCAUGAGAAGGGCGAGUUGGCGUCGACGCUGACAAGCCUGGGAGGGAAGUGGCUCCAGGAGGUGAAGCGGAAGGAGGUGAGUAAAGGAGAUUAG